GCGCCGGCCAACGGCGAGGCGCGGCGGAGAGCGAACAGGCAAACGCCGGAGCUGCUACAUCCGGGCUGCGGCGUUGGGCACCUGCCGCGCCGGGGGCCUCGGGUGACAUUGGGCCUCGGCGGCUGCAGGACGGGGCCGGAGCCCGGGGGAACCUGAGACCUUUGCCUGAGACCUUCGCCUGCGCCCGCGGCCGCCAUGUUCCGCCUCAUCGUCACCCACGCCAAGAAGCACCCCAGCUUGAUCCCUCUGUUUUUGAUCAUUGGAUCUGGAGGUGUUGGCGCAGGACUGUAUCUCUUGCGUUUGGCAACAGUUAACCCUGAUGUCUGCUGGGACAAGAAAAAUAAUCCAGAACCUUGGAACAAACUGUCUCCCACUGACCAGUACAAGUUCUACUCGGUUAACGUAGACUACAGUAAACUGAAAAAGGACCGUCCUGACUUCUAAACAACACGCUCAUCUCUGUAAGCUGCACAGAAAGGUCUUCCAGAAGCCGUCCGCACAGUUGUCACACAUAAGCAUCCAGGAAAUAAUCAAACUUGCCUCAUGCUGCACUUGGUCAUGUUCUGAGUUCUGAGUGUUCUGAAGAGGCUUAAUAAAUGCCUGAAACUUGAA